AGGCCCGGUCUCCCCGGCUACAAUAGCGCCAGGGGAGGGAAACUCCUCAGCUGCUAGGCCUGGGCGCGCGCCCGACAGUCGUGCGUCGCUUCCUUUUGCCACGUGGCGUCUGUUGAUUGGUGACGUGGUCGUCCCGCGACGCACGCAGGAGGAUGCGGAAACACAAGUGGAGCGCAACUAUCAGGGUUAGAGAUGGAGGUGGGGGGGGAGCUACAACGACAAGCAGAUGAUUGGCUGGUGACAUUGGAGCAGGGAUGCAGGCGGUUACAGAUGAUGGUGGGGGAGCUGUCUUUGCGGUCAAUUGAGGAGCCAAAAGACGAAGGGGGAGCGAUCUCUAUGGCUGUUUGGUUGAAGAAUAUGGUCGACGACAUGCUGGAUAUCAUCUGGUGGCUAGAGGAGGGGCUGGAUCCCCAGCUGGAAGCCUGCAUUGACUGGAAGAGGGCAGAGGCCAUGAUGUCUACCUGCUAUGACCUCAUCGCUGAGGGUCGCAACCUGCACUAUAAGCUUGAAGACCGGUUGAAGGGCAAAGACGACCUGGAGGGCGAGGACUGGCAGGAGGACGGAGCGCAGGGAGACGAGGUUAACUCCAGCAUCAGCAUCAACAACAACAACACCAACGACAACAACAACAUCAACAACAACAAUGACUACAACAACAACAACAACGGCAACAACAACAACGGCAACAACAACGGUUACAGCGACAACAAUAAUGAUGACAACAUCAACAUCAACAACCAAAACGUCAACAACAACACCUACAAUGGGAGCGCUGAACAUGGCAGCAGCGGGGUGGAGAACGGUGCCCGCGCAUAUCUGAUCAUCGUCAGCGACAUGGGAGAGAUGCCGCAUGUGGAUGCGGUGGAAUUCGGGGCUGACAACAACGACGGCGUGGGCGGCAACGACGAUGAUGGCAGCAGGGAUUACCAUGACAACAGUCACAACAACGACAACAAUAAUAACGUCGACAACUACAAUAACAGCGGUGACGGCGGCAGCGACGAUUACGGCGCCAGCGACGACCCUGGCAGCAGCAGGGCUGAGAGCAUCAGCGUGACGGGAGAGAUGCUGCAUGCUGACGUGGAGGGGAGUGGGCUUGACACCGAUAAGAGGUUUGCCAACUCCCCCUCCCUCCCCCCUCUCAACCUCGUUGGUUGGCUGAAGUUAGGGACUGGGAUAGUAGCUGUUGAUUGGUGUUGUCCGGCCCACAAUAUCAAUCAACAUCGGACUGCUGAUUGCCCCGCACACAUACAUUACAUUUAGGUUAGGGUUUCGUGGGUUGCUGUACAUUUCCAGGCGGAUUGACUUGAGAUGGGAAACUGGACCUGGUAUGUUAACA